AUGGUCAGAAAACUGAAAUAUCAUGAACAAAAGCUUCUCAAGAAACACGAUUUCAUCAACUACAAGAGCGACAACAACCAUCGCGACCAUGAUGUUAUCAGGCGGUAUAUGAUUCAAAAGCCUGAAGAUUAUCACAAAUACAAUAGGCUAUGUGGUUCCCUCCGGCAAUUUGCCCACCGCCUCAGUCUUCUUCCCCCGGAUAACGAAGUCAGGAGGAAACAUGAAACCCUUCUUCUUGACAAGCUUUACGAUAUGGGUAUUCUGUCGACCAAGGCCAAGCUUUCGGCGGUUGAGCACAACGUCACAGUGUCUGCCUUUGCGCGGAGGAGGUUGCCUGUUGUCAUGACCCGGCUGCGCAUGGCCGAAACUGUUCAGGCCGCCACGAAGCUCAUCGAGCAAGGCCACGUCCGUGUCGGCGUCGAGGAAGUUCGUGACCCUGCCUUCCUGGUCACGCGGAACAUGGAAGACUUCGUCACCUGGACUGUUGGCAGCAAGAUCAAGCAGAAUAUCAUGAAGUACCGCGACAAGCUCGACGAUUUCGAGCUGCUUUAA